AUGGAAUUUUGUGAUUAUAGUUUUGAUGAUUUUAUACACAAUCCCAAAUUCCAAAAUGUUAAGAGUAUUGUUUUCUUUUUCAGACAGAUUCUUACGGGGUUAAUAUAUCUCCACGAGCAUAGAAUAGUACAUCGGGAUUUUAAGCCUGGUAAUAUUUUAGUAACAAAAGAUUAUGUUGUCAAGAUUGGAGACUUUGGGAUGUCAAGGUAUCUUGCUGAUGCGAGGUAUCGAGGUUACACUGCCGAAUGUAUAUGUACUUACUACAAACCGCCAGAGUUUUACAGGAUAACUCCACGAAAAGCACUCAAUGCGAUAUAUAUACCAAAUUAUUGUGAAAAGGUUGACAUUUGGGCUGUCGGGUUAAUGUUGAGCGAAAUGAUGGGCAGUAAAAUAACUCCCAAGCAGAUUUUGACACAACGAAGGACAACACCAGAAUUUUUUCCGUUGUUAACACUUGAGGAAGAUUUGGAAAUGGCAUCCAGGAUUAUUAUAUUCGAACCAAAGUACCGGUCCUCAGCAAAAGCCAUUUUGAAUUCGCGUUUCUUCCAACAACAGAUUUUUUAA